AUGAACGCAAUAAGCUUGGUACUCCUGGGGCUUGUGCUGGGGUUUCUGACCACUACUGCUAAGCCAGAAGGGGGUAGCUUUUGCUUUAAGAGACGAGUGCCUUUCAGAGACUCUUGCUAUGAAUUUGUGCCUCUCGGCUGCUCCUUCUACAGUGCACAGAGCUGGUGUGAGGGGCAAGGAGGCCAUUUGGUCUUUAUUCAUGAUGAAGGCACCCAGCGGCUUCUACAGAGGCACGUCUCCCAGGACAGCGAAUGAUGGAUUGGACUCACAAGGAACUCAGCUCAGAAUGGAACCACAGAAGGGCCGGGGAUCUCGCUGGACACCUUAAAUGUGAACUACAGUCACUGGCACGAAGGGCAGGCUGCUCCAGCUCCCAACACCUGCGGGUACAUUGGGAGGGGCCCUUCCUCCGGGUGGGCUGCCUUGGACAACUGCACACAGCCAUUCGCCUUCAUCUGCGAGUUUGGUGAGCUGGCCUCUGUCGUGGAGUCUACGUCCUUCGCCCUGUCUCUUUCUGCCAGCACCAGGGGCUUCGGGCUUCAGGCAUGCCAGAUGGCAGCAAAUGAGACCUUCUUUGGAGACCUGUGCCCCACCCAGGGCAGCUGUCUAUACGUGCAGUACCAGUGUCGGGAAGGACUGCAGCGGACGGUCUCCGAUGAGAGUUUCAUCUUUGACAAUGUCACCAUUUCCCUGACGUGACUCCUCUCUCCCUAUAUUGGAAACCUGUCUUGUAUAAUUAGUACGGGAGAUGGCCACACUUUGGAGCCUUACUAUCCCCCCAGUUUGUCCAGCAACAUCAUCCAUCAGUUCACAACCCUUGGGGAAUUCACUGUGUUUGCCGGGUGCACAACCAGCGAGUGGCAUGUGACAGCUCAGAAGCAAGUGACGAUGCAAGACAAGAUGGAGAGGCUCAGUGUGACUGGGUGCUCCAGCCUGGUCAAGUCAGGAGGCAGCCCUCUCUGCUGGGCUGUCUUGUGGAUUCAGGUGGAGCUCGAUGGAGGAACAGAGGUGACUUACACUGUGCUGUCGGUUAACACAAACCUGGUUGAGUCCACCACUCAGAGGGGUCCACUCCCAUACAACCUGACCCUGGACAGAGCAGCCCAGCAAUGGAUGGGCCCAGGCAUGCACCACCUGGAGAUCCGAGCUACCAGCAACACCACCACCUCCGCAUUCUCCACAAACUUCACAGUUAAUUUCAUGGAGCCUCUGUUGGGGCUUCAGGCCUCCUGGUCCUCAGACUACUUGGAGCUUGGACAGGAUCUACUGGUCAACGUCUCGGUGGUUCAUGGAUCCGAGGAGCUGACCUUUGAGGUAGCAGGAUGCAAUGCAUCCUUCUCCCAUGAGGAAGAGAGCCUCAGGAGGCCAUCUGGGAUUUACCAUGUGGCAGUUCCUCUUGAAGGGACUUGGGGCACCUUUCUGGGCACCGUGCUGGUGAGGAAUGCCUUCUCAAACUUGAGUUUGGAAAUCAGAAGCAUCACUGUCACAGGUAAGAGCUUUCUGCAAGGGGCCCAUUUUCUCCUCCAUGAUCCCAAACCAGAAGGGAGCACAAGUGUUAAGGGCAGAGUUCCUGGAUGGAUAGUGUUCGCCCACCUCUCUUUUUCAGGGCGUUGCUGGGCUCAGUGGAGUGACUGUGUUGAGAGGCAGCUGCUCCACACAGAUCAGAGGGAGCUGGUGGUCCCACCGUCCUGCCUGCCACUGCCCGACCCUGCAGUCACCCUGUGCCUGGCCGUCUGGAGAGACCAGGAGCUGCAGGAACAGGAGGAGCAGUGCCUCUAUGUGUCCGCAUCCCUGGAAAUCAGGCCUCGAAUGGCCACAGUGCCCCAGCUGCUCAGAGCUGUGGAGCGUGUGCAGGCUGCCCUCCUGCUGGGGAGACUGCCCAGCGGCCUUCCAGUCACAACGGCCACCCCCUCCAUCUCUGGUUAAACAAACAGAAUACAGCCCCGCAGUUGGCGGAGCUCCUCCGUGCACCUUGCUGCUGCCAGCUCUGCAACCUUCACCCUGGCCGGUGCCUCCGCCUUUGGCUCCAGGAAAGACAGUCAGGAGCCUGUGGACAUAAGGAUUCUGCUGCCUCAGCUUUCAGAAGGAUACAGUGAGCCGACCGUGUUGAACCUGACCAGUCCUGAAGCCUUGCGGGUGAGUUUGACUUUAGUGGGGUUGUCUUUGGAGAUCCAGCUGCACUGGAGACCUGACAUCCCAUUCACGCUCAGCCUGGGCUAUGGCUACCACCCCAACAAGACCAGCUAUGAUGCCAAAGCUCACCUUCCACCAAUGGCUGCUCCAGAUGGGCCAUCCACAUGGAUCCUGAACCCACAGGACCUGCAUUUUGGAGAAGGUGUCUACUAUCUGACUGUGAUCCCUGAGUCUGACCUGGAUCCAAACCCCGGCAGGGAUGUCACAGUUGGCAUCACCACCUUUCUGUCCCACUGUGUGUUCUGGGAUGAGGGCCAGGGGACUUGGGACAACUGCGGGUGCCAGGUGGGGCCACAGACCACCCACUCCCAGACUCAAUGCCUUUGCAACCACCUCACCUUCUUUGGAAGCACAUUCGUGGUGAUGCCCAAUGUCAUCGAUGUCCGCCAGACUGGUGAGCUCUUUGCCACAUUCGAGGACAACCCUGUGGUUGUGACCACUGUGGGCUGGCUCUGUGUGGCCUACGUGCUGGUGGUGAUCUGGGUAAGGAGAAAGGAUGCUCAGGAUCAGGCCAAGGGUUUGGACAACCCAAGCCUGCUGAGUUCACCCUUUACUGCACAGUACCUCUAUGGGCACUUUGAUCAAGGCAUCAAGAACAGUGAAGAAAAAUGUAGUCUCUCCAGGAGCUCUUGUUCUUGGCUCAGGUUUGCAAAGGUGUUACCUUCAUGGUGUCCAAAGCAGUCUUGUCCCCUGAUCUUGCCCUCAAAAAGUGUGGGUUCCUUCUCCAGGUAUGUGAGCAGAGUGCUGGUGCAUGACCUGGUGAUGGACCAGACGUGGUAUUUCCUCUGCAAAUCAUGGCUGUCCAUUGAGGUAGACACAGAGCAGAACAGGAAACAAUUGAGCCACCUGUUUUUCAUGAAGACCGCCAUGGGCUUCCAAGAGGGAUACAUCUGGUAUUCCAUCUUCAGCUGCUCAGCUCAGAGCAACUUCACCCAUGUCCAAAGGAUGUCCUGCUGCUUCUCCCUGCUCCUUUGCACCAUGCUGACCAGCAUCAUGUUCUGGGGUGUCCCCAAGGACCCAACUGAGCAAAAAAUGGACUUGGAAGACAGUGUCUACAGGCAGUGUCUUUACCUUCAGCUGGAGCAUGUGGAGCAAGAGUUGUGGCUGGUAGGACCCAGGGGCUUCCCCCAGGGUCAGAGCCAUGCCUGGGCCCUCAGGCAGCUGCAGACACUGAAGAGCUGCCUCGGGGGACAACUGGGCACCCCACCUCCAUCACAAACAAGCUCCCCGAGACCAAGCAAGACCCCUCGCGGCCUGCCCUGGGGGUGUGUCCUCGUGGUGACAGCCUUCUUCACCAUGCUGUACGGCCUGCACUAUGGGCGAGCCAGCUCUCUCAAGUGGCUCAUCUUUGUGGCGGUCUCCUUCGUGGAGAGUGUGUUCGUCACCCAGCCCCUAGGUCAGGACCUCCGGGUGCUGGGGUUCAUUGCCUUCUUUGCACUGGUCUUGAAGAGAGUAGAGGACGAGGAGGAGACUAUGGCACCUCUCCUGGGACAUCUGUCCAGCAUAGACCCCUCUGUCUUGUUUCGAGUACAAAGAAACAGCAGAAAGGAUGUCUACCAGCCACCUCUGGCCACUGACAUUGAGAAGAUGAGAACCACCCACCUCAAGGAACAGAAAGCGUUUGCCCUAAUCACAGAAAUCUUGGCUCACCUCCACCUUUUCUUCUGGCUAGUCCUCUUAUUCUUUCAUUCUCAGCCUAAAGCACACUCACCUUACAUCACAUUCCUACAAGACAGAAUUCUCCAGUGUCUCUUUGACAACACCUGGCUAGACAGCCUGACCAGAGCCGUAUUUGUGGAGUUCACUGUCUAUAAUGCCAACGUCAACCUGUUCUGCAUCAUCUGUCUGACCCUGGAGACCAGUGCCCUGGGAACCUUCUUUGUGCACGCAGACCUGCAGAGCUUCACCAAUGGCUGGCACCCCUUUGUGGUAGCUGCAGAGGUCCUCUACUACCUGUUCCUUCUCUACUACAUGAUCGCGCAAGCUAAGCUCAUGAGGAGGCUGAAGUGGUGCUAUUUUUACAGCAAGUGGAACCUUCUUGAGCUGGCCAUCACCCGGGCUAGCUGGAGUGCCCUGGCGGUAUUUGUGAAGAGGCCCAUCCUGGCAGAGUGCGACAUCCAGUGCUACCGGAAGCACACGGAGGAGUUAAUCAGUUUUAGCGAGACAGUGGUAGUUGAUGUUGCCUUUGGCUACAUCAUUGCCUUUCUGGUAUUGCAGUCCACAGUGAAGCUUUGGCAUCUGCUCAGGUUGAACCAAAUGAACAUGAUAACAUCAGCCCUGUGCCGUGCCUGGGGGGACAUUUCAGGCUUUGUCACUGUCAUCUUUAUCAUGCUCCUGGCUUACUCCAUCGUGGUGAGUGACUCCUUGGGAAAACUCUCAGUGGUGAAGGGUUGGAGGUUAGGAAGACCCUGGGAACCUGAGGGGAUGGUGGAUCUUCUGAGUCUGGGGCCUUUUAGCUAG